ACUACACGUCUGUCAAGUGAAAGGAACAUCUUACACCAUGGGUGGAUUCUGCCUUCUCUACCUGCUCCUGAUCUUCUUGAUGAGAUCUGGUGAUGUUGAAACCAAUCCAGGUCCUAACACUGCAGAAAGUUCUGUCAGUGAAAUGGAGUUCCUGAAGCUGGCCCAGGAUAUCGAUCCAUCUUUCUACUACAAUGUAGGGAUAUCUCUAGGGUUCUCCCAUGCUCAUCUAAAGGCAAACCUGAUUGAGAAUGUGAAGAACUUCAAAGAUGCCUUUAUGGAUGUCUUUAUGAAAUGGAAUGUCAAGCAGCAACCUCCACACUCAAACAAACGACAGCUUUUGGCAGACAAACUACGACAGAUUGACUUGGGUGGCCUAUCAGACGGAUUACUGAAUGGACCUCCAAUUCCAAACAGCACAGGAGGGCCAUCAAGACUGCUCGAAUCUCAGACCAAACCACUUUCUCCUGAACUGGUUGAGCGGUGUGCAAAUGAUUUCAAGUUCAAGUACAGGUCAACUCUCUGUAAGAUAAGAGCUGAUCCUCUCAAUCCUGCUUCCACUGUGCAGUUUAAAGACAUGUAUACUAAUCUCGUCUUACAAGAAGAGCAUGGGACAAAGAAGCGAUUGCUAGAUUACAAUGAUAUCCUUAAACUCGAAGUCAAUGGAGAGUUCCCUAAGCGGAUCAUGGUUCAAGGAGAGGCAGGGGCUGGAAAAACCACAUUUUGUGCUAAGAUUGCCUGGGACUGGGUUGAAGGGGGGCAUUUUAGUCGCUUUGUGUGGGUCUUGAUUGUUCCUCUUCAUGACUUUAAGCAACACACUAUUGGCGAGAUUGCAAAGUCUUAUCUGUCCAAAAACAAUCCAGCAACGGUUUCUCAGAUUACUGAGUAUAUCCAGUCAAAUCCUGACAAGGUAUUCAUUGGAUUCGAUGGGCUAGACGAAGUCAGUGGCAAAAUCAUGAAGACAAGAUCCUGCGAUCAAAGUCAAGACUCUUCAGAGGUAUGUGGAAGCUCAUCUGAGACUGGUGAUAUUGGACUUGAAGAUAUUCUUUGUUCAGAUGAACUAGCCUCUUGCCCAGUCUUGGUCACCACUCGCCCAUGGAGAGCACUAGAGAUUAGAUCAGAUGGUGACCUAAUGAAGCUCUACACAUUCAUUCAUGUGGAGGGUUUCAACAGAGAGAAUUUGGAAGAUUACAUUCACAAAUACUUUCCAGAGGAUGAUGAUAAAGCAAAUCAGCUUAUCCAGUUCACCAGUGAGAAUGAUGUCAUAUCUGAAAACAUGGCCCACUAUCCAAUAUAUGUAGCCAUGUUGUGUCUUAUGUGGAAAAGACGUGACAAGCAAAAACUAAAGGAAAUGAAAUCACUGAAAACUUUCUCUCAGAUAUUCAAGGAAAUGAUUGCGUUUCUAAAAGAACAUUAUGUUCAGAAAGAGGUGAAGAAAGUAGGCAGCCCCUCACUUAUUGCCUAUUUGAAAAAAGUUGAUGAGCUCCUUGGACCGAUUGCCAAACAGGCCCUCAAUGGUUUGCUAGAAAAUACAUUGGUGUUUGGUGAAGCUGAUUUCAAAAUAUGCCCAGAAUCCAAGGAGACUGCCUGUCGGGUUGGGAUUUUGUCUCAGGAGGACAGAAUAACUGCUGACAUGCACAUGAGAAGAAUUCUCAUGUGCAAUUGCCAGUCUUCUUCCCUCACAAGCUGUUUCAGGAGUACAUGGCUGGAGUCCAUCUUGCUUUCCUGUAUGAAUCAGAUCAUGAUGAAUUCAAGAGGCUUAUUGAGCAAGUAG